AUGGAGCAGGAGAUUCUCAUCCAUCCUUCAGACAACGAGCAGUUCGACGUGAUACCGCCGACUCCUGAAGAUGAAGAGUCCUCUCCAUCACCCUUCAUAAGAUCUUAUAAGCAUCACCGCCCGCGGCCAAGGGUCCACAUUCUCCAGCGCCCGCGGCUUUCGCCUCCCAAAGAAUCCAGGGGAAGAUCCAGGGGAAGAUCCAGGGGAAGAUCCCGCCUGCGACGUCGGAGAGAUGCCACCUCUCCCUCGUAUCCACCCAUUCCCACGCCAGCAGCCAUGACCGCCGUCCUCAUCCAGCACGCCAUCACCAUCACUCCGACCGCCUCCCGUCCUCCGACAUAUCUCUCUGGACCUCCGACAUCAGAAACGCCCAUAUGCGCCUUUCGGCUUGAGGCACCUUUUGGGGGCUAUUCCCGGGCCGAGGCUCGCCAGAGGCGGCUCCAUUCCCCCAAGUUCCCAAAGCACCUAACCCUCAGAGCACCACUCUCAGAUCUGCAACAAACCCCUUCAUCCCUCUCUCCCUACCCCCUCAUCCCCACGACCCCUCUCCCCAUCCUUUACCCCAUCAGUCCCAUCAUACCUUCCCCACCUUCCCCUCCAUCCUCAUCCCCUACAUCUUGCAUCCCAUCCAAUCCCUCUACCCUCAAGACCCUCAGAGACCAGCAGAGACCUCCAGAGACCCUCAGAGACCCCCAGAGACCCCCAGAGACCCUCAGAGACCAGCAGAGACCCUCAGAGACCCCCAGAGACCAGCAGAGACCUCCAGAGACCCCCAGAGACCAGCAGACUAUCAGGUGUCUGAUGUAA